GUGCAGGUCUGACGACGAAGGGGAGGGAAGAACGGCACAUCCAUGGCCCCAAAGUGCUGCUGGGGUUUGUGAAGCCCUGGGUGCUGCUCUCUGGUCAGAGUGAAAGGCUUCAGAGUCACAGGUUAUGGGAUAAUUCAGAUACCGCAUAGGAAGCAAGAACUAGUAGAAUGAGAGUUUCUGUUUCCUGUGGACACCCAGCCAGGGACACGUUGGAGCACAUGCUUUGGGGCUUGUUUUGGGGUAUGGAAAUCCCUUGUAGUGAGGGCUCCCAGCACCCCCGAUGAGGUGAGUGGGUGUGGCAGUCAUUCCAUGCUCCUUGGUGACAGUCCCCAUGGAGAACCCUUCCACACUGUAGUGUGACACUACUGUGGCAACCAGGCCAGUGCCUGUUCCACAGAGCUGGAGCAGUGCAGGGUGCAGGAUCGGGACCCACUGCCCUUGGGGCUGCCACCUCUCCUUCGUGUCUCGCUGGAAAGGGGCUGUUCCUUGGGGACACCCGACUGCUGCCACCAUCCUGUCCCCUGGCUGGAGGGGAAUCGCAGCACCCUGCAACAGAGUGAGCAGCACUAGGGGGCACAGAGGAGCCCGGGGAGCUGCAGCAGGGCUGGGGAGACCAGGUUUUGGGGAGGCUGAAUCCAGACCUGGCUCCGUGGAGGCUUCUUUGUCCCCUUCCCGAGACAUCUGCAGAGCAAUCAGCAGAGUUAGCUGGAAGAAAUGACGUGCUCAAAGCGGGGAAGGGCCGCUUUGAGGCGGACACUUUCGGAUUCCCCUGAGAGGGAGAAGGAGAAGGUGACUGAGGCUGAGGUCAGGAGGCUGCAGAAACAGUAUUGGAUCGCAACAGAGAAGAGGAUAUCUUAUGGCGCACACAUGCGGCAGCAGAUGCAGACUCAGCAAAAAGAAAUAGAAUCGCUGAACCAAGAACGAAAAGAGGUGUUGUUGGUGCUGAGCCAGAUCACGUCCAUGAGAAAAGCGAUGCUGAGAGGCAGAGAUUGUAUGGAGCUCCAAUGCCUUUUGCAGACCAAAAAUCAGUAUGAUUCUAUGAUUAGAGACAGAAAAGUCUUGUUAGUUGAUGUGGACAACCAGACGCUAGUGCUGGAAAAAAAGUCUGUGAGGCAACACCAGACAGAAGUGAAGGUGAAGCAAGCGAACUGUAGCAAAUGGCUGCAAAAGCAGAUUGAGAAACUGAAGUUGCCUCUAUAUAACGUCACUGUCCAAUUUGGUACCAUACUAACCAGAGAUAAAGAGUUCCGAGAAAAGAUUCAAAGCCUGCUAAUCCAGAAAGACAUUUGGGAAAACUCCCACCUGAAGUUCCGUAGGAAGAUGGGUCAGCAGAGAAGAAGGAUGAGCACUGCCAUUGAGCAAUCCACACAAGCCCACAAGCAGCAGAUGGAGACUCUGGCAAGGAUUUCAGCCCAGAAUGAAAGGAAGAACCGAAAGACCAUCGAGCACAAGGUUGAGAUGCAGGAAAGGGAGCGUGUCCUUAGCAGGGACACCAAAAUGAAAAGCUUCAUGCUCGUCAAAUAUGUAGAUCGCUCUAAAUUGGAGGAAGAGGCCAAAAAGAGAAAAGACCUGAAGGCAGCCGAGCGGGCCAAGCGGAACCAAUGGGAGAUCAUCGAGAGCCGGGAGGUGGCUUACAGGCGUCUGCUGGAGCUGGCAGAGGAUGGGGAUGUCGGCCACCUGGUGAAUGGCUUCAUCGAAAAGGAGCAGAAGAAGUUUGCCCUCUUCAGCUAUGACUUCGAGCUGGGCACCAAGAUAGAGAAUAUGCAGCAGAAGGUGAAGGACCUCCAGGAUGAAAUGACAGGCCUCAUGUUGAAUCAGGAGUGUGCAGAGAGCAGAGACCUUCAUGCCCUGAAGGAGAUGGAGGAAAAACUAACGAAAGACACCGAGGAAGUCAAUGAGCAUGAAGAGAGAUGCAAAGGGAGCAGCAAGGUGCUGGGCCACCUCACAACCAGCAUGGAGGCCCUGUUCAAAGGAGUCAACUGUGACACUACAAAGAUAACGAAGCAGCUUGGAGAAAAUGGGCAGAUCACGUAUCUGAACUCUAUGCAGUUUUUUGAUGGACUGGAGGAGAAGACCAACAGUCUCCUGCAGAUGAAUUCUGACCUGCGCUACGGAAUGGCUGAUGAGUCCCACCUGGACCAGGACAUUGACAACUCAUUGCUGGGUGCCACCAGUCUCCUCCCGGUGAUGGAUCAGGCCCAGCUCUUCCCAUCGCCCCCCACCCUGGACGGCACCAUCCACAUCAUUGAUGCUGAAGAGGUGCCACUGGACCAUGGCCAGCUGUCCCAGAUGGUUCUCCAGAGCCACAAGAAGGAAGAGGGGAAUGCUGCCAACACAGGCAACAAGGGGAGAAAUGACAUUGAUGUGUGAGAACCCAGCAGGGAUUAGUUAAAUAAUUAGAUUAGUUAAAUAAAUAAUAAAAUAAUAGAAACAUUUUGUUUGGAGGAGACCCUCAAGAUCAUCGAGUCCAACCAUUAACCCAACCCUGGCACUGCCCCACAUCCCUGAGAACCUCAUCUCUGGUCUGUCCAACCCUCCAGGGAUGGUGACUCCAGCACUGCCCUGGGCAGCCUGUUCCAAUGCCCCACAGCCCUUUGGGGAAGAAAUUGUUCCCAAGAUCCAACCUCAGCUUCCC